UGAAACCAUCGUUCCUGCGCAAGCUUUGAGCAUUUGUUACUGAUGGACUAGUGAACAGUGCAGUAACCGACUGGAGAAACGAUGCUGUGAAGGAAGACAUUUUUCCCUCUCAAAACCAAAUUUGUGAGAGGAGAGACAUUGCUUGGGGAGGAAGAUGAGCUUGACAAUAACAGAUUUGUCAGCGCGUUAAGCGCAUGGUGCCAAAGAAUGCCAGAGAUCUAGACAUGUGGGCGGCGUGGAUGACGUGUGGAUUAGCAUUCCUGAACCAUUAUAGUUCAGCAACUUUGAGAAUGCACAUUUAACUAUAAACCGAGAGUUGAGGAUCUCAAUGGUGCGUGUUGUGAACUGUCAUUUGCGUCGAGGUAUGGGCGCAUUCCUUCUCUACCUUCUUCUGCAAAUGGGAACUGCGAAGGGAUCAAGCUAUGGCUACGUGGAAUGGUCAGAGAGCGACAAAGACCCUGAAAUCAAGGCAAAAUAUCCUGGUUACAGCACACCCAAUCCAAGGGUGUCGCCGCGCCAGCACCCGACACUCUCCAACAGCCCCUCCAUCACGGAGCAAACCGUGGUGGCGCAUAAAAUCGAGGAGGAUCUGCCGCGUGUGGUCUCCGCUUUUCUGCACACGGGGGACUCAUCCACCCUCAAGCAUGUCAACUGUUCUCGACGGUAUGAGUUGAGCAGCCUCCGCGGUGGAGAUCAUGCCGCCUCGCAUUACCCCCUCCAUAGCAUCCUCGACACCAUGGCGCACGCCACCAACUUCCUAAACAUGCUCUUACAAUCCAAUACGUCCAGGGAGCAACAUCUGAGGAGGGAUAUCCAGUGGUACCACGCGCUGGUGAGGAGUAUGUUGGAAGGGAAUCCUAAAAUCCACCGGGCAGUGGUCACAUUUCACACGGAGUCUCUUGAGGCGCCUGGUCCACAGGUCUUCCUCCAGGCGACCAGAGCCAAGAACCAGAUCAUUCUUCAAGAUUUCUCCACGCACCAUCGCCUUAAAAACAGGACAUCUGAGUCCGAAUGGUACAACGAGUUUAUGGACCGAAAGAGACCCCACCUACUCAAAAGUCGUGGAGAUUCGGCUGCUCAUAGCGGAUCUUUUCUGGACAGGAGUCAUGUCAAAUGGUCUGCACCCUAUCUGGAGUGCGAGCACGGGAGUUUUGUUCCACACUGGCUUUUAACGCUCUCCGCAGGUUUUUAUGGCUUGAUGAAUAACACAACGCUUGAGUUUAGAGGAGAUGUUCGUGUGGAUGUUAAUCUACAGGAUGUGGACAUUGACCAGUGCUCCAGUAGUGGAUGGUUUGCUGACACUCACCACUGUAACUUGACAUCUAUGGAAUGUAAACCAAUUCUGGGCCAUGGAUUUGUCCUGGACAAGUACAAGUGUCAAUGCAAGAGAGGAUUCUACCAUCCAAGCCGGGUGGCACUCAAUGGCUUCUCAAAAUCAGAGCAGGGCACAUACAGUGAUGAAGUGGAAGUGUCCGAGAGGUGCCUGCCCUGUCAAGAAGGCUGUGCAUUCUGCAGGGAUGACACACCGUGUGUGGCUAAGGAGGACACAGCCCUUCGCCUGGCCAUGGUCUCUUUUCAAGGCUUCUGCAUGCUGCUGGACUUCAUUAGUAUGGUAGUUGUCUACCACUUUCGACGCAACAAGAGAAUCAGAGCGUCUGGUCUCAUUCUUCUUGAAGCGAUACUUUCGGGAUCUGUCCUCCUCUACUUUCCUGUUAUGAUACAGUACUUUAAUCCAAGUAUAUUCCGAUGCAUUCUCCUGAGAUGGGUUCGCCUGCUCGGCUUUGCUACUGUCUAUGGAACAGUGAUUCUGAAACUAUACAGGGUUUUGAAAGUGUUCCUGUCACGCACAGCCCAGCGGAUCCCUUACAUGACCAGCUGGAGGGUUCUGCGUCUGCUGGGUGUGAUUCUGCUGGUUGUUCUGUGGUUCCUCGUGGCCUGGACCUCAGCCGUAUGCCAGAGCGAUGACACUCAGCAUGCCCUCAUUGACAUCGGUGUCACCCCAGAGGGUCUGCAGUUCAGCAUGUGUCUACUGGACAGCUGGGACUACAUGAUGGCUGCCGCGGAGUUCCUCUUCCUGCUGUGGGGAGUCUACCUGUGCUAUGCUGUACGGACUGUGCCCUCUGCAUUCCAUGAGCCCCGCUACCUUGCAGUUGCCAUAUAUAAUGAACUCCUCAUCUCUGCGAUAUUCAACAUCAUUAGGUUCUCUCUCGGCCCUGGGCUUCAUCCAGACUGGAUGCUGAUGAUAUUUUUUGUCCAUACACAUGUGACAGUAACCAUUACACUAGGAUUACUUCUCAUUCCUAAGUUCCUUUUCACCGGGACUGAUACGCGCGAGGACAUCGCCACAGAGGCUUAUGAGGAUGAGCUGGAUAUGCGUCACUCAGCCUCCUGCCUGAACAGCAGCACAACGUCUGCCUGGAGUGAGCACAGUCUAGAUCCCGAGGACAUUAGGGAGGAACUUAAGAAACUCUACUCCCAAUUAGAGAUCUAUAAAGGAAAGAAGAUGCUGGCCAAUAACCCUCACUUACAGAAAAAGCGCAGUUCCAAGAGGGGCCUUGGACGGACACUAAUGCGGAGAAUAACAGAAAUACCUGAGACAGUAAGUCGACAAUACAGCCGAGAAGACAGGGAAGGAAGUGAGCAUGGAAGUAAUAGAAGUACCCUGCGGAGAAACCCCUUUGACCCGUCUCACUCUGGGAAGUCAAGGGAAGACUCUCUGAAGAGCAAGAUGUUCUCACUAAAGCGAUCUCAUAGCUAUGAUCAUACACAUGACCAAGGUGGGCAAACAAAUGGGGGGCCUGAAGAUAAAAUAGAGAACUCAACUGAGACUUCUUUGCUGGACACCUUGAUGGGCAGGAGGUCCAACAAGAAGAACUCUGAGGUGCCAAAGGUUGAGCUAGCUGAAUCGACUGAGUCAGUGCCCUUAGUGUGUAAAUCUGUUAGUGCGCAAAACCUAGAAGCAGACAAAAAGCCUGUACAUCUUCGAACCUCAAUGUUACAGAAGUCACUGUCUGUCAUUGCUAGUGCCCGAGAGAGGACACUAGGCAUUGCAGGGAAGACACACAGCAUGGAGGAUGCCAGUAAAAAGGGUCUCAAAGCAAAAGACAGCACAGUGCUUUCAGAAGUUGAUGAAUCCCCUGAAUGUGUUCCAAAAAUGAUCAUCAGCCAGUCUGUUGAGUACACCAAAACGGCAAGUAAGAUGGGCAUCAUGAAGCAGCAGGUCAGCGGGAGUCAGCCCUCCAUUUGUUCUGAACCAGGGAAGAGCAAGGACCUGUACGAUCUCUCUGAGGUGUGUCCUUGGGAAGUUGAGGAGUUACCCACACCAUCCGAUGGUAGGGCCCAAAAGCAUGUUUCCAUUGCCCCAACUGAAACCACAACCAUCCAUGGGACCAGCACAAAAAAUGUACAGUCCCAACACAAACAAAAAGGUGUGGGCCAAUCUCCCUCAAACCGACGUCGCUCCAGGGAUAAGACUGGGGACUGUGAAGAAGGGAGGAAACCCAAAUCACCUCUCAACCUUACUGCCCAUAAAGACAUGUGUCCAUGGAGCUUUGAGGACCCCUCUGUCCAAGGAAUCGAGCCCGGAGGACUGUCUCCUGAGAGAACAAGACGUAAGAAAAGUGUUACUCCCACAGACGGAAAGCCCAAGAUCAUUCUCUCAGAUAUCUCCAAGUCCACAGGAAGCCUUCUGCAGCCUCCAGCUCUCAUGGUGGACAUCAGUCAAUGGGAUUACAAUCCACCUGUGUCCCCCAACCAGGAAAAGAUGUCCAGUCCCACACAUCACUCCAAGAGAAGAGAUUCUUGUUCAAAAAGAAAAGGAUCCUGCUCUUCCAAAGAGAAAGCAAAGGACAAAGAGGAUGAUAAACGAAGGUCUAAAAGUAGGGAGCGGAGAAGCUCCUCGAGCAAGCCCUCACAACGUCGCACAAGCCAAUCAUCAGAGGGUGACCAAGUUGCCACGGUGGCAUCUGACAGAAGGAGGAACUCUACAAGAGAUACAUCAAUCCGCAACAGUAAGCGUACUGAUGUUUGCCCGUGGGAGACAGAUACACUGACGAAUGUUACCUCAAAUGACAUACAACCACCAACAACAGAGAACAACGCAACUCGCACACCAACCACUUGCCUCAACAUGGCUGAAAUUUGUCCAUGGGACUUUGAUGAUAACAUGUCAGGGAAAAGUGCAUGACACAUUAAUCACAAAAUUAAACCACUCCAGUAUGGUUUCUGAAAUGACAAAUUUCACAACAUUUUUGAGAGUAAGCCUUCCAUUUAUUUGCAUAUAUAAAACCUUAUAAAUUAUUUAGCUAAAGAUUAACCAUGAAUUACUAAGUCGCACCUUUUUCCAUAACAUUGGUUGUGGGGCAAGAUUGAGCCAGUGGUUUAGUGUGAAGUUGAGCCUGCGAUUUAACUCUUUUUUCGGGAAAUACAUUUUUCAGUGUCCCUAUGUUUGUCCUGUUUCAUAUAAACUUAAGCAAAAAACUGGCUCAUCUUACCCCACUCUACCUUUUAUGAUUUCAAUUAAAUCUAUUUUAUAUCACUGAAUAUACACAAAUCUCUCUCGCUGAAACGUACAAUAUCCACCUAGUUCCCACUUGAAGUGUGAGUUAUGGACAACUAAAUGAACAAUCUAUAGUAUUUAAAGAAGUUUUAUCCAUGACAUUUUAAAGAGUUUGAAUACAUGACCCAUAUUGCUCACAAACCUUAAUUUGGGGAUUUUUAUAAAAAAAAUAAAAAUUCGUAUUAAUGGGUAUUGUGUCAACAUGGCCAAGAAUAGAUUUUACACAUUCAUUUAUUUCAUUAACGAUACAAUGAGUGGUAAACACCAGUCAUGGUUGCAAUUUACCACAAUUUUAAAUCACUUGAAUCAUCAUGCUAUGUAACACAUUUUCAUCAGCAAAAUGCAUGAAUGCAAGUAAAACUCAAGAUAUUUUUAUCUAUGUUGAAUAUUGAUGAGGAUUACAGAGAAUGAAUAAAUGGGAGAUAUUUGUUCAAUCAUUGCAUGGGCACACUUAUUUGUUGAAGAGUUGUUGUUACAGUAUUGUUUGUCCAUUUUACAGAACCCCGUCUUCUUAAACUCUGUUACGUUGUGAUUUGUAUUACUAUCAACUGCAGUCUUAAAACAUAUUCAGUGAUGUCAACCUACUGGUGAUUGUUGCAUCAUAAGUAAACAAAGUCACAUUGGCUGUUGCAUGACAGUAAGGUCUGUCUUUUUACUGCACAUUCUCACCAGACUGUUGUUUAUUGAACAUGCAUAACUAAAUUCCGUAUAAUUCAGUUGUUAUUCUCAAUAGCGAUCCACCAGGGAACAUUUCUACUGUAAAAAUAUAGUCUAUUGUGUGCUUCUUUGUGAUAGCAUGUAGAUACGAUAUCU